CGCCCCUUCCGGGCAUGGCGGCGCUCUAGGCGGCAGCACCAUGCACUCGGACGACGUGGUCUGGGACACGCUGGGCAACAGGCAGUUCUGCUCCUACAAGAUAACGACCAAAACCCAGAACUUCUGCCGCAAUGAGUACAACCUGAGCGGGCUGUGCAACCGCUCCUCCUGCCCGCUGGCCAACAGCCAGUACGCGACUGUCCGCGAGGAGAAGGGUCGCUGUUACCUCUACAUGAAGACCAUCGAGCGCGCAGCCUUUCCCCGCCGGCUCUGGGAGCGGGUCCUACUGAACAAGAACUACGAGAAGGCCCUGGAGGAGAUCGACGAGAACCUGAUCUACUGGCCGCGCUUCAUCCGGCACAAGUGCAAGCAGCGCUUCACCAAGAUCACCCAGUACCUGAUCCGCAUCCGCAAGCUCACCCUCAGCAGGCAGAGGAAACUUGUUCCUCUACGCAGGAAGAUUGAAAGGAGGGAGAAGAGGAGAGAGGAGAAAGCCCUGGUUGCUGCUCAGCUGGAUAAUGCCAUUGAGAAGGAAUUGCUGGAAAGACUGAAACAGGCUACAUAUGGAGACAUUUACAACUUCCCCAUCCAUGCCUUUGACAAGGCUCUAGAGCAGCAGGAUGCAGAGAGCGAGAGCGAGUCUGAUGCAGAGAAGGAAGAUGAGGAGGAGGACAUGGAUCAAAGAGAGUUUGUGGAAGCAGAUGACAGUGAUCUCAGUGACUUUGAGGACAUGGAUAAGUUGGAGACAAGUAGUGACGAGGAGCAGGAAGAGGAGGAAGAAGUAGAGAAGAAAGCCUCACACUCCAAAUCUAAGGGGAAAACUCCUCUGAAAGGACCAGCCAGAAGAAAACGUCCCUACAUUGAAAUAGAGUAUGAAGAAGAAACAGAGCUCAGCAGCAAGACCAAAGCAGCCUGACCCCUGAGCCCACCUCCUGGGCUGACAGGACUUGGAGCUGGCACUGGGACUCCUCCCAGCAGGACCCUCAAAAAUUACUCAUUUUUCAA